CUCGGGGACUCGGUGUGGCGCGACUGACCCGAAGAGCAGAGGAAACAUUCAAACUGGAUUUGUAAUCAUUAGUAAGUCGGUGAGCGAUCAGAAGUUGCAGAAUGCAAUCCCGAGUAAAAAUCUCCAAAAGAAUUACUUCAAAUAACAGAGGAAAGAAAAUUGAACUACCACCUUAAAACCCUGGUCUAGAAAAACAUAUUGCACAUGAUAGGAAGUUAUAACUGGGGAAAUUUAUUUGGCUCUUAAUACACCUGAAUGAAAGGAAUUGUCACACUGUUUCUCAAGACUUGUAGAUCUGAGAUUAUUUUAACAAUAAGUUGUUUUAUAAAAAUCUUGACAUGAUCACCAGAGAGAAGAAACAGCAAUAGCUAAAACCUGUGUGUUGGUCAAGAUGACUUCUGAAGAAAUGGCAGCUUCUGUUCUCACUCCUGUGACUCAGAGAAAAGUGACAUCCUCUCCAUCCGCUUUAGAUGAAAGUAAUGAAAAGGUCUCAGACAUCAGUGUUCCAAAGGCACAUAGUGUCAGGCAGAGUGGGCAAACUUCCACCAUCUCACGAUUGAACAAGCUUAAAGAAGAAUCUUCUGGAAGCAACUUGCCCAAGAUUCUCUCCAUAACAAGGGAGAAAAUAAUGAAUGAUGAGAACAGCAAUGAGAAGUACUGGGAGGAAAGCAUGCCAGAUUCUGUGAAAAACCUUAAUAUUAACUGCAACAACGUACUGAAAAACAGCCCGUGCAGCCUUCCUCAGAGCCAGCGUUAUGACACAUGUGAUUCUGUCAUGGAGGAAGGCCUGUGUUUGGAAACUGGAAUCCCACCCUCACUGGAAAGAAAGGUGUUCCCUGGAAUUCAACUGGAAGUGGACAGACCUCCCAUGGACAUUAGUCCCUUAGGAAAUCAGUCGGCCAUCAUAGACAGCGACCAGGCACACCCUGAUGGCAGCAUGGCAGCAUUUCACUUUCAUUAUGAAGUUGACAGGAGAAUGUCAGACACUUUCUGUACCUUGUCAGACAACCUGAUUUUGGAUGAUUGUGGAAACUGUGUACCACUGCCUGGUGUUCAUGGGGAGCAAAAGAAAAAUUAUGUGGCAUAUACUUGUAAACUCAUGGAAUUGGCAGAAAACUGUGAUAAUAAGAAUGGGCAGCUGCAGUGUGAUCAUUGUGAUGCCUUAAAUGACAGAUACUUGUGCUUUGAAGCUUCUUGCCGAAGGGCCAAUGUAGUGUGUUCAAGUGACAGCUUUUGCAGGGAAGACUUUACCAACAGUCCGCCUGCCAAGACCUUUCUGAGCCAUUUUGAGGACUUCCCUGAUAAUUGUGAAGAUGUAGAAGAAGAUUUUUUUAAAAGCAAAAAGGAGAGGUCCACUUUGUUAGUGAGGAGAUUUUGUAAAAAUGAUAGGGAAGUAAAGAAAUCUGUAUAUACUGGGACAAGGGCGAUCAUGAGAACUCUGCCUUCUGGCCACAUUGGGCUGGGAGCUUACAGUUACAUUGAUCAGAAGAGAAGUGGUCUCCUACUUCCCUGUGGGAGAGUUCUAGAACGGCGGUCAGUGGUGGCAAUUAGGCAAGAUGGGAGCUGGUGCCUGUCAGAAGCCCAGUGGUAUUCGGCCAUCACCCAUCAAACCCUCAACAAGAAAACCACCUCAGUCUUCAGCAACACAGAGACAUCAUCAUCUUUCAAGGAUUCUGUCCCUCCAGAGCAGUGGCUGGGAACCAGAUUGUCAUCUGCAAACUUGUGCCUCACAAGGAAGGCAUCCAAGGCAGAGCUGGUUGAGGAGGUCAGCACUUUGAUUAAUACUUCCUGUACUCUGUGCUAUUCACAGAUCUACAAUGCAGUGAGAAGGGGAGAAGAAAUAGAAAAUACAAUUGGAUCUCUUCUCCAUUUCUUCACAAAGCUCCCAGCCUCUGAAACAGCCCGUGAAAGGAUUAGGGUUGGCCCGUGUUUAAAGCAAUGUGUCCGAGACACCAUAUGUGAGUACCGAGCCACCCUCCAGAGGACGUCCAUAUCUCAGUACAUCGCUGGGUCUCUCCUAGAAGCAACCACAUCUUUAGGAGCAAGAAGUGGCCUACUCAGUACCUUUGGAGGAUCCACUGGACGAAUGAUGCUAAAAGAACGCCAGCCAGGUGCCUCCAUGGCCAAUUCUAGUGCCCUCCCUUCAAGUUCAGCUGGGAUCAGCAAGGAGCUGAUUGACCUGCAGCCCCUCAUUCAGUUCCCAGAGGAAGUCGCCAGCAUCCUGAUGGAGCAGGAACAGAACAUUUACCGAAGGGUCUUGCCAGUUGACUACCUUUGCUUCUUGACCCGGGACUUGGGCUCUUCAGAAUGCCAGACGUCCCUGCCCUGCCUCAAAGCGUCCAUCUCAGCAUCGAUUCUUAACUCCCAGAAUGGAGAGCACAAUGCCCUGGAAGAUCUUGUGAUGAGAUUUAAUGAGGUGAGCUCCUGGGUGACGUGGCUGAUCCUUACGGCGGGCUCCAUGGAGGAGAAGCGAGAAGUCUUCUCCUAUUUAGUGCACGUGGCCAAAUGCUGCUGGAACAUGGGCAACUACAAUGCUGUCAUGGAGUUCUUGGCCGGCCUCAGGUCAAGAAAAGUUUUAAAAAUGUGGCAGUUUAUGGACCAGUCUGACCUGGAGACCAUGAGGAGCCUGAAGGACGCCAUGGCUCAGCACGAAUCUUCCUGCGAGUACAAGAAGGUGGUCACACGGGCUCUGCACAUACCUGGCUGUAAAGUGGUUCCAUUCUGUGGGGUGUUUCUGAAGGAGCUCUGUGAAGUACUGGAUGGAGCCUCUGGCCUCAUGAAGCUUUGCCCGAGGUAUAAUUCCCAAGAAGAAACUCUAGAGUUUGUAGCUGAUUACAGUGGACAAGAUAAUUUCUUACAACGAGUGGGACCUAAUGGCUUGAAGAAUUCAGAUAAGGAGUCCACAGUCAACAACAUCUUUCAGAUCAUCAGGAGCUGCAGUCGAAGUCUGGAGGCCGAGGAGGAGGACAGCCCCAUUGAGGGGAACAGCUCCAGGAAAAAUUCCUUAAGGGAUAAAGCCCGAUGGCAGUUUAUCAUUGGAGACCUGUUGGAUUCUGAAAAUGACAUCUUUGAGAAAUCCAAAGAAUGGGAUGCUCAUGCAUCGGAAGAGCCACAGAAGGCCUUUGACCAUGGGACAGAGCUAAUCCCAUGGUAUGUGCUGUCCAUCCGAGCUGAUGUGCACCAGUUCCUGCUGCAGGGGGCCACUGUCAUCCACUAUGAUCAGGACACACACCUCUCUGCCCGCUGCUUCCUCCAGCUUCAGCCUGACAAUAGCACCUUGACCUGGAUAAAGCCCACCACUGCCUCCCCAGCCAGUGCUAAAGCAAAACUUGGUGUGCUUAGUAACACGUCUGAACCUGGCAAAUUCCCAUUACUGGGCAAUGCUGGACUAAGUGGCCUGGCUGAGGGGGUCUUGGAUCUGUUCUCAGCAAAAGCUGUGUACAUGGGACACCCUAGCAUCGAUAUACACACUGUGUGUGUUCAGAACAAACUGGGUAGCAUGUUUCUCUCAGAGACUGGCGUGACGCUGCUCUAUGGACUCCAGACCACGGACAAUAGACUAUUGCACUUCGUGGCACCUAAGCACACAGCUAAGAUGCUCUUCAGUGGAUUGCUGGAGCUCACAAGAGCCGUGAGGAAGAUGAGGAAGUUCCCUGAUCAGAGACAGCAGUGGCUGCGGAAACAGUAUGUCAGCCUCUAUCAGGAAGAUGGACGGUAUGAAGGCCCAACUUUGGCUCACGCCGUGGAGUUGUUUGGUGGCAGGCGAUGGAGUACACGAAACCCCAGCCCUGGGACAUCAGCAAAGAGUACCGAAAAGCCCAAUGUGCAGAGAAACAACACCUUGGGCAUAAGCACUACCAAGAAAAAGAAGAAAAUCCUUAUAAGGGGUGAGAGCGGAGAGGCAGCCGAUGAUGAGAUGGCCACUCGAAAAGCCAAAAUGCACAGGGAGUGUCGCAGCCGGAGUGGUUCUGACCCUCAAGACAUGAAUGAGCAAGAAGAAUCAGAGGCAAAUGCCAUCAUGAGCCCUCCUAACACUCUGCCUUCCAGAAGAGCCCACUCUUUGACCACGGCUGGGUCCCCUAACUUGUCCACCGGCACAUCAUCCCCCAACAGGCCAGUGUCUUCCCCUGUGCUGUCUUCUUCAAACAAGAGCCCGUCCAGUGCUUGGAGCAGCAGCAGCUGGCACGGGCGGAUCAAAGGCGGAAUGAAGGGUUUCCAGAGCUUCAUGGUCUCAGAUAGUAACAUGAGCUUUGUUGAAUUUGUUGAGCUGUUCAAAUCAUUCAGUGUGAGGAGCCGCAAAGACCUGAAGGAUCUCUUCGAUGUCUACGCUGUGCCCUGCAACCGAGCCGGCUCUGAGUCAGUGCCACUCUACACCAACCUAACAAUUGACGAAAACACCAGCGAUCUUCAGCCUGACCUAGAUUUAUUGACCAGAAAUGUCUCGGAUUUGGGGUUAUUCAUUAAGAGUAAACAGCAGCUGUCAGACAACCAGCGGCAGAUAUCUGAUGCCAUUGCUGCUGCAAGCAUCGUCACAAAUGGCACUGGGGUUGAGAGUACAUCCUUGGGCGUGUUUGGGGUUGGCAUCCUCCAGCUCAAUGACUUCCUAGUGAACUGCCAAGGAGAGCACUGCACUUAUGAUGAGAUCCUCAGCAUCAUCCAGAAGUUUGAGCCUAGCGUUAGCAUGUGUCAUCAGGGUCUACUGUCAUUUGAAGGAUUUGCAAGGUUUCUGAUGGAUAAAGAUAAUUUCGCCUCCAAAAAUGAUGAGUCACAGGAAAACGUAAAAGAACUGCAGCUGCCUCUCUCCUACUAUUACAUUGAAUCUUCACACAAUACCUACCUCACAGGCCACCAGCUCAAAGGAGAGUCCUCAGUAGAACUCUACAGCCAGGUCCUCCUGCAAGGCUGUAGGAGCAUAGAGCUGGAUUGUUGGGACGGAGACGAUGGAUUGCCCAUCAUCUAUCACGGACACACGCUGACAACCAAGAUCCCCUUCAAGGAGGUGGUUGAAGCCAUUGAUCGUAGUGCCUUUGUCAACUCUGACCUGCCCAUCAUCAUAUCGAUUGAGAACCACUGCUCAUUGCCUCAGCAACGAAAAAUGGCAGAAAUUUUCAAGAGUGUGUUUGGAGAAAAACUGGUGUCUAAGUUCCUGUUUGAGAGCGAUUUCUCAGAUGACCCAAUGCUUCCCUCACCCGACCAACUUAGGAAGAAAGUGCUUCUUAAAAAUAAGAAGCUGAAAGCCCACCAGACGCCAGUGGAUAUCUUAAAGCAAAAGGCUCAUCAGUUAGCAUCCAUGCAAGCUCAGGCUUACAACGGUGGGAAUGCCAACCCCCCACCGGCUAAUAACGAAGAAUGGGAGGAUGAAGAGGACGAAUAUGAUUAUGACUAUGAAUCCCUGUCUGACGAUAACAUUCUAGAGGACAGACCUGAAAAUAAAUCAUGUAAUGACAAGCUUCAGUUUGAGUAUAAUGAAGAAAUCCCCAAGAGGAUAAAGAAAGCAGAUAACUCUGCUUGCAACAAAGGAAAGGUUUAUGACAUGGAACUAGGAGAAGAAUUUUAUCUCCCUCAGAAUAAAAAGGAAAGCAGACAGAUUGCACCAGAGCUAUCUGACCUUGUCAUCUAUUGCCAAGCGGUAAAAUUUCCAGGCCUGUCAACUCUAAAUGCAUCUGGCUCUAGCAGAGGAAAAGAAAGGAAAAGCAGGAAGUCCAUUUUUGGCAACAAUCCGGGCAGAAUGAGCCCUGGGGAGACAGCAUCAUUUAACAAAGCAUCUGGAAAAAGUUCCUGUGAAGGAAUGCGACAGGCCUGGGAGGAAUCUUCUUCCCCCCUCAACCCAACCACAUCCCUCAGCGCUAUCAUUAGAACUCCCAAAUGUUACCAUAUCUCAUCGCUGAAUGAAAAUGCCGCCAAACGUCUGUGUCGCAGGUAUUCUCAGAAACUGAUCCAGCACACGGCCUGUCAGCUGCUGAGGACCUACCCGGCUGCCACUCGCAUUGACUCCUCCAACCCCAACCCCCUCAUGUUCUGGCUCCAUGGAAUACAGCUUGUGGCACUCAACUACCAGACUGAUGAUCUCCCUUUACAUUUAAAUGCUGCCAUGUUUGAAGCCAAUGGUGGGUGUGGUUAUGUUUUGAAACCCCCAGUUCUGUGGGACAAGAACUGUCCUAUGUAUCAGAAGUUCUCUCCCUUGGAAAGAGAUCUGGACAACAUGGAGCCUGCCAUCUACUCCUUAACUAUUGUCUCCGGCCAAAACGUGUGCCCAAGUAGCAGCACAGGAAGCCCGUGUAUCGAGGUCGAUGUGCUGGGCAUGCCCCUGGACAGCUGCCAUUUCCGCACAAAGCCAAUCCACCGGAACACUCUGAACCCCAUGUGGAAUGAACAGUUUCUCUUCCGUGUUCACUUUGAAGAUCUCAUAUUUCUUCGUUUUGCCGUUGUGGAAAACAACAGCUCGGCUGUAACUGCUCAGAGAAUCAUCCCACUCAAGGCUUUAAAACGAGGAUACCGACAUCUUCAGCUGCGAAAUCUCCACAACGAAGUCUUGGAAAUCUCUAGUUUAUUCAUAAACAGUAGAAGGAUGGAAGAAAAUUCCUCCAGCACUACCACGCCGGCCUCUUUGAUGUUUAAUUCUGAAGAAAGAAAAUGUUCACAGGCUCACAGAGUCACGGUGCAUGGAGUCCCAGGUCCAGAGCCCUUUACUGUUUUCUCCAUAAGUGGAGGCACCAAGGCAAAGCAGCUUCUCCAACAAAUUCUGACCACUGAACAAGAUACCAAACCUAUCGUCACAGACUAUUUUUUGAUGGAAGAAAAAUAUUUUCUAUCUAAAGAAAAGAAUGAAUGCAGGAAGCAACCAUUCCAGAGAGUCAUAGGUCCAGAGGAAGAGAUUAUGCAGAUUUUAAGCAGCUGGUUUCCAGAGGAAGGAUAUGUUGGCAGGAUUGUCUUAAAAACCCAGCAGGACAACCUAGAGGAGAAGAGCAUUAUUCAAGAUGACAAAGAGGUGGUCUUGGGCUCAGAGGAGGAGAGUUUCUUUGUCCAAGUGCAUGACGUUUCUCCAGAGCAACCUCGAACGGUCAUCAAAGCACCCCGUGUCAGCACCGCGCAGGACGUCAUUCAGCAGACCUUAUGCAAAGCCAAGUAUUCCUACAGCAUUCUGAGCAAUCCCAACCCGAGUGACUAUGUGCUUUUGGAAGAGGUGGUGAAAGACACGACCAAGAAGUCUUCCACCCCAAAGUCCUCCCAGAGGGUCCUUUUGGAUCAGGAGUGUGUGUUUCAAGCCCAAAGCAAGUGGAAAGGGGCAGGAAAAUUCAUCCUUAAGCUAAAGGAACAGGUGCAGGCAUCCCGAGAAGACAAAAGGAAAGGCAUUUCUUUUGCAAGUGAAUUUAAGAAGUUCACCAAGUCAACUAAACAACCCCGAGGACUCCCAUCACCUUCUCAGAUUUUGGCCUCAGAAAGCAUCCAAAAUAAGGAGGAGAAACCUAUGGGCAGCUUAUCAUCCAGUGAUGCCAUAGACUACCGACAAUAACCAAGGUUGUAACAUUUUCCCCAGGUGAAGACCUUUUGGUAAGAAGUUAAAGAGUGAACAUGGUGGAAACAAAUAUAAUUUCCUUAUUUUCAUUAGACUUAAACUGGAAACUGAGGAUUUCUGAACUGAAGCCUUCUUGACACAUGGUGUGAGGUCCACACUGAAGACAAGCAACAUGGCACAGGGCUACCUACCAACCAACCAAUUUCCUGAUGAACGCAGCAGCGAAGCCCAGGAGACUGCCACUUUGCAUAUGUCAGCAGUUGGAAAAAAAACAUUGCUAAGCUUGCAAAAACUGACUUAGAGCAAGGGUCAGCAAACUUUGUCCAUAAAGGGCCAGAUGGUAAAUAUUUUAGGGUUUAUGGGCCAUAUGGCCUCUGUUGCAAUUACUCAGAUGGGCUGUUCCAGUGCAAAAGCAGCCAUAGAUGAUCUAUACAUGAAUGAGCGUAGCUAUAUUCCAAUGAAACUAUUUACAGACACUGAAAUUGCAAUUUCAUAUAGUUUUCAGAUCACAAAUAAUCCUCUUUGGGGUUUCUUCCAGUCAUUUAAAAAUAUAAAAGCUAUUCUUAGUUCAAGAGCCAUACAAAUACUGGUAGCAGGCUGGAUCUGGCCCAGGGCCAUAGUUUGCUGACCUGACAUAGAAAACUGGCAAUAAGAGCCACAGAGGUCUGAAAACAAGCUAGGGUGGUCAUGUAUUUCAUGGCUGACAAUUGGAAACUUAAGGGCAUUGCAAGUGUAAAUAUGUCCUAUAAGUCAUCAAAAAGUAAUCUGAUUUAGUUUCUAUAUUAUGCACCACAGUGGACUCUGCUUUAACAUUUCUUUUUACAUAAAGGAUGACAUUGGUUUUUUUUUUUUUUAAGUUUAUUGCUUAUGUAUUCACAGGUUAUUCCACUUUUGGUUUUCACAAACUGAAUUUAGAAUGAUGUAUAUAAAUUAAUAUCUUCUGAGUUGUGACAUCGUAACAAGAAAUUUAACCAUUUCUUAAAGUAAAAGUAGACUGAGUUGGUGUUCAAAUUUAUUUAUUUGGCAAGGUUUUUACUGACACUGUACUUAUAUAUUUAUUAUACAUAGCUUUCUUGAUAUUGCUUAUGGGUUUAGAAGCACUAGUGGUUCUAGCUCACUUUUUGAAGACAAAUCUAAAAAAAAAAGUACGCUCUGAAUAACUGACAUAGACCAGAGUUUCAUGUAAAAAAAAAAAAAAACAAAAAACCUUCAUUUUCAUUUCUGAUUAAUUGAAGAGCUGUUGAUCCAAGUCGUAAUUGCCAUUUAAGGUAAAUUAUCUUUAAAAUCUUGCUGUAUAAAACGAUAACGUAAGUAUAAACGAUUCUUAUUCUUGGUAUGAAGCGAAUUAUGACUUUUAAAAUGGAAUGAAUGUGUGUCCCUCUAAAGUAAAAUCCAAAUUUUAUCUUUCUGCUGAUAUUAAAAUAUUUUCUUCAAAUGAUAAAACAAAGUCCUAACCUUUUGAGAAGUUCUUUUUAUACGAAUUAUAAAAUGAGUAACAUAGUUCCUUGUUCUUUACAUACUCUAAAAUCAGAAGUGUCAAAAGUAUACCACACAGCGCCUGGGUGGCUUAGUUAAGUGUCUGACUUUGGCUCAGGUCAUGAUCUCAUGGUUUGGGAGUUCAAGCCCC